GACUGAAGCUGAGGAUGAGGUCAGGCGUGAUCACUCGCACACGGUCAACCAGACUAGGUAAAUACAACAAACUGAAGUUAUCGGCACCGUCGCAUCAGAAACCAAGAGACAUAAGUAAAAGAGGGCUCCUAGGAACCAGCACAACAAAGAACCUUACCAGAUUUGACACCUCAUUCCACAUUAACCAUGGUGGACAAAAUUGCCUCGUUUGGACACGCGCUGCUGCGCCGUCGUGCUCUGAACUGCUCUGGGGAGGAAACGCGGUUCGCUCGGUGUCUGUCCACUCUUGAUCUGGUGGCACUCGGGGUGGGCUCCACACUUGGCGCUGGAGUGUAUGUGCUGGCUGGGGAGGUUGCGAGAGAGAAGGCUGGUCCUGCUAUCGUCUUAUGCUUCCUUGUGGCCGCACUUUCCUCUAUGCUUGCUGGACUGUGCUAUGCAGAAUUCGGUGCACGAGUCCCUAAGACAGGGUCUGCUUACUUGUACAGCUAUGUAACAGUGGGAGAAAUCUGGGCCUUCAUCACUGGUUGGAACCUCAUCCUCUCUUAUGUUAUAGGCACAGCUAGUGUGGCGCGAGCUUGGAGCUCUACGUUCGAUAACUUAAUCGAGCAGAAGAUCUCGAACUUCUUCAGGGCUUCCAUGGCCAUGAAGGUUCCUGGGAAGGUUCUUGCGGAAUAUCCGGACCUAUUUGCCCUCAUUCUCAUCCUGCUACUGACUGGACUGCUUGCUUUUGGUGUAAGCGAGUCUGCUCUGGUGAACAAGAUCUUCACUGGGAUCAACCUGAUUGUGCUGGGCUUUGUCAUCAUCUCUGGCUUUGUCAAAGGCAACACAGCAAACUGGAACCUCACAUAUCAAGACUUUGUCAAUGAUACAAAUAUUACAGAACCAGAACGGGUAGAAAGGAUAUUUGGAAGUGGAGGUUUCGCUCCGUUCGGCUUCAGUGGCGUCUUAUCUGGCGCAGCCACCUGUUUCUACGCCUUUGUUGGCUUUGAUUGCAUUGCUACAACAAGUGAGGAAGCCAAGAACCCAAUGCGCUCCAUCCCUGUGGGAAUCGUGGCCUCUCUGCUCAUUUGCUUCUUUGCUUACUUUGGUGUGUCAGCUGCUCUUACUCUCAUGAUGCCCUAUUACAAACUCAACACCCAGAGUCCCCUGCCCGAGGCCUUCAGUUACGUGGGCUGGGCACCGGCACGCUAUAUUGUAGCUGUGGGUUCACUCUGUGCCCUCUCAACAAGCUUGUUGGGCUCCAUGUUCCCCAUGCCUCGAGUGAUCUACGCUAUGGCAGAGGACGGACUGCUCUUCCGUUCCCUUUCCAGGAUGAACAAGAGAACCAGAACUCCACUGCUGGCGACUGCUGUGUCUGGAAUAGUAGCAUCUCUCAUGGCAUUUCUGUUUGAUUUGGCUGCAUUGGUUGACCUCAUGUCCAUAGGAACAUUGCUUGCAUACUCUCUGGUGGCCGUGUGUGUCCUCAUUCUCAGAUAUCAGCCAGGCAACCUGAGCUCUUCCAGUCAGACUGAGAAACUGGUGGAACUGGUCGGUGGCGAGAAAGUGGCCGUAUGUGGAGACAGUGGAGAUGAAUAUGGCACAGAGCUGGAUGACAAUUCCCGCAAAGAGAAAUUCUCCCUGAAACUCCUCCUGGUUCCCUCCAAGGACUUGCCAACCGAAAUGUCGGGAACUAUCGUCUACGGCACAACUGCUGUUAUCUCUGCGCUGAUCACCGCGCUGUGUGUGGUAUUGGCUCUGCGUCUGGAAGCCAUCGUGAAUCUUGAGAUUGUGUGGGUGAUGACGUGUGUCAUUCUGGUCCUGCUGUGCAUCCUGUGUGUCAUUGUGAUCUGUAGGCAGCCUGAGAGCAAGGAAGCUCUCACCUUCAAGGUGCCUCUGUUACCUUGGCUGCCUCUGUUCAGUAUCUUUGUCAACAUCUAUCUCAUGAUGCAGCUGGACAUGGCCACCUGGUGCCGCUUCUCUGUGUGGAUGGGCAUCGGUUUCGUAAUCUACUUCGGCUAUGGUAUCCGGAACAGCACAGAGGCCAUGAACAGCUCCCUCCGAAAAUACGAGCCAGCCCUUCAGAACAAAAGCCCCAUAUAUCUAGGCGUUGAAGAGAGUGAAGUGGAGGGCAUUUCCCCUUGAUAGGGAGAGAGAACGACGGGCAUAUAAAUGUUCGUUAAAGUCUAUAUUUGAUGUGAAAAUCAUGCCUCAUUUAUUGAAGAGACUGCCCCAAACAUCUCAAUUGAAAAAAGGAUUUCUCAUCCUCUCAAAAUUAUCAGGGUCCUCUUAGAAAAUCCCUAAGAGUUUUCCGUUAGAGGUCGUCGUGCAGCUUUGGCGCUUCAGUACUGUAGAUGCUGGUUUAAAUGUCCCUGUGUCUGCUGCUGUAAUCACUAGUACUGUUAUGGCUAUAUUGUCUGGCGGACAAUGAGCUGACUGUGUAAAGGGUAUUUUUGUUUUUCGUGUUCGAGCUCCAAGCACAUUGUUUGUGCUCUAAACUAAAGCAUUUGGAUUCUGAAUCCAAAAUGGUCUCCUUCUGCCUCCUGGUUUUUCAGCAUGAGGUCCUGAAUUACAACAGGGACCCCUAGUGUUCACCGUGCAGAAUGUGAAAAUGGCAAGAGAGUAUCGGUGGUCAUUUGUUACUGUCAGGUUGAAGAAUUGAAACUGAAAAAAAAGUGUUAUUGGACAUUAUAAAAUCCCAUGUGUAUGAGAGUUGAAUGU